GAACUUAGUUGAGGACUUUGCUGAUUUUAUUUCAGUUUAAUUUUAAAAAUGGAGUUGAGCGAAACAGAUACACCAAUUGAAGAGGCUCAGCAAGUUGAUUACGAACUGCUCGAGAGUAAAUACAAAAAGUUGUGUGAGGAGUUGGAGCGAAAUGUGGCGAUGGAGGAUGUCCUUUCCGAGUUCAAUUCGCUCUUCGGCGCCCUGAUGACCACUCGCCAAAACGAGCACCUGAUGAGACUCAGUUGCGAAAAGUUGCAGCAGCAACUGGAUUUGAACGAGGAGUCCCUGGAAGAAGCUGUGCAGCAAGCGGAGAACUCGAGCAAAAGCGUUUUGAGCAUGAAAGAAGCGAUGGAAAACGCAUUUCGGAUGGCCGACGCGGCUCACUUGCGAGAACAGGCGGCGCAGGAGGCGCUCGUCGCUGCCGAAAAGCAAAUCCAACUGCUCAAAACGGACAUUGAGCAAACUAAUAGGGCUGCUCUCGAAAAAGAGGAUUCUGCUCCUCGGAAACAGGACGAGCAGAAACAGGAAAGGGAAAAGGCAAACGGCGAUGUUGUUGAUUUAAAAGCAAAACUAACAGCAUCGUCCAACGCUUAUGACGAAUUGGAGAGGAAAAAUAUGGCAGCCGGAGCAAAGAUCGACACGAUGUCACAACACUUAGAGGUUUUAAGUGUUGAACUUGGAAAGGAGAUGCGAUUAAGAGAGUCCCUGGAGCAGCAACAGCUCUCUUUCUCAAACAUUGUAGCAGAAAAAGAUUCCGAAAUCCAAAAACUUGAACAAAAAUUAAAGUCAUUUGACAAACUUGUGGGCAAAAGCGAAAGUCUGGAAAGUGAGAAAAAGGCAGCUGAGGAAAAACUGCAAAAGGAGCUUGAAGUUAUGGCGGCAAGGGCCGUCAAAGCCCAGCAGGAUUAUGAAGCCCAGUUGAUCAAAGUUGAAAGGCUGUCCAGAGAGGCGAGCCAGAAAGCUGCCGCUCUGAGGGCUAGAGACGAAGAAGUUCAGAAGGUGAGGCAGGAGGCAACGAAAUACAUCAAAGGGCAAGAGUCGCACUUCAAGCGGAUGGCCACGAUGGAAGCGGUGAGAAACGAAUGGGAAAGGCAGAAAGAAGAGCUGAGGGCGCAAAUCGUUGAAAGAGAGCGCGAGGCUGACAGGCUGAGGAAGCAGGCCGACAGUCAGAAGAAAAAACUGGACGUCGUUGUCCGGGAAAAGGAAAUGCUGGCGAAAAACACGAGCAAAGCGGCCGGUACUUAGAUUAUAAUAAAAAAGAAUUAAAAUUAAGGAAUGAUAAAUAAAAAAAAGGAUUGCUGGAGCAGCAAAUUGAAAAAACUAAAAAUUUUGAGCAAUUGGAGAGAACUUUGCAAAACCAACUGCAGGAGAGGGACCAUGAAAUUGCAAAACAAAAGACGCAUUUGAAACAAAUCGAAAACGAGUGCAAAAAAUUAAGAGUGAUGACGGAGAGAAAAGAAGAAAAAUUUGAGGAGACUUGCGAUCAGCUCAAAGAUCAGCAGGAUCAGAGAAUUUUCGCCAGGAAACAAAUGACCAGGUUGU